AUGCCGGCGAUUCCCAUCUCGGAACUACUGGGGAGCCAGUUUGUGCAACGCAGUGUUACUGCGCAUAAUGCAACAGAUCCAGGUCUAGCGGUUAUCUGUGCAUGGCCAGUAUCGGGCCAGUAUGGACCAGGGACUCGAGUUCUAUACUACGUACUGGUGGCAGCUUGUGUCUUUGCUCGUAAAGCAGAAUGGAUCCGGAAUGCUGGUCUGGCGGCCGUGCUGCUGUUCCCUGCCGUUGCGGCACUCCACGGAAUUGUUUUGGCGGCCUUACAUCGAGAGGGUGCCGUCGAUAUGGACGUCUAUGGUGCCUUUCAACUAUGUUCAAUUGGCAUCUUGACUGCACCAGCCACAGUGAGACUCUCCAAAACGUACUUCAAUAACCCAGGCCGCGACAUCAUCUUUCUCUGGACCGGACUGAUCCUCGCGGGGCUUCUCAGCUUGACAGUAGAGUUCAUUCGCCUAGAGUCUACGAUCUGUCCGCCUGGUGACCCUGCAACCAUCCAAUGGCUUAAAAAUGGCACCUUCUCGUACGAAAGCAAGAGGAGGGGCCUUUCUCACCCCCUGAGGCAAGGCGCUGCCGCCAAUAUCUACGUGAUCGAGGUGCCUCAUGAAUUGUCAUUCAACACAGCCACUCUCCUCGCCGCUGCUUGCUGCGUCCCAGCAAUACUCUCACUAGUCUCUACCUGGAUCAAGAUCCUCGAGAAAAAUUGGGAGAAACUGUCAGCUCGAAAUCCACCGACCGAGAAACCUGAUGAGCAGCCGAUUAGUGGAACAAAUGGAGCCACGCCCAAGCAGAUGAACUGGAUUGCGAUGAGAAUUCGAAGCUGGUUGACUCUGAUCGAAAUUCCGGUAUUUUUCGCCGCAGUCCUCGCCAUUUUGGUCAAGGGUGAGAUGAACUUUUUCAGCAAGCAACUGAUGUAUCAAACCGAGCCGAUCACGAGCAUUGGCCAGUGGGCACCCAUUGUCGGUACGGCGCUUGCAGCGGUCGGUUCUCUAUAUCUUCUUCUAACGGCCGACAUGGACGCCGAACAGAAUCAAAAAGCCGAUCAGGAAGCGCCAUCAAAUGCCGAAAGUGGCAACCCAGAGACAAUCAUCGGUCAAUACUAUGAUCCAGAUAGUCCCGACAAUAGUCCACGCCACAGCUCGGCAGGCAACGACGAUCGACGCUCUGAGGAUGUCACUCGAACGAUGACGUCAACUACUAUCUCACAAAGGAUCCCCCGUACAACCACAAACCAUAGCGAGAUAUCUGUCGACCCAGGUGGUCGACGAAUAGUCGCCCGCUGGCUCAAUUUUUUGAGUAUGCAGAUGGCCGCGAAAGCUCACGACCAAUUCCAAGACUCCGGUUUCCACGCCAAAGAGCGCUCGACGUUUCCCGAGGUCCCAGGCGAGGAAUUUCGAAACAAUCGUCUUCCCGACUUCCACAAAGCGUAUAGCAACUCCCCGAUUCCUCGCUCUAGGGCUAGCAGCUUUAUUGGAUCGGAGUCUUCGAAUGGCGAGGGUAAUUCCAGGAUCCCGGUAGAUAUUGCGAGGCAUUUAUCGUUGCCUGGUCCUUCUUCGUCGCGUCCGGUGACUCGCCCGCAGCAUGCGUAUACUCUGCCGUCUAGGACUUGCUCGAGCGAGGCAUCCCGUGGACUUGACAUACAGAAUAUAUCCAGUGUCCAGCGUGCGAGCAUACCUACGGAGGUUAUCAUGAGUAGGCCGGAUGUGAGCAGAGCAUCGUCCACUACCAACACUAGUCCUGGUACACCGGCUCCGAGUGGGAAGACACCGCCUAAGAUUGUGGUGUCCUCGAACUCGGGGUUUGAUUUCUUGGUUUAG